CGCAGAAAGAAAGAUGGGAGCGUUCAAACAUGUUGACCAUGGAAGUGCAGUUGGAUGUGAUCUGCUGUAAAUCAGUGGGAACUGAUCUGUCCAUGCUGGAUAUUGAAGAUUUCAUCACUGAAAUCUGUCAGCUGAAGAAGGAGGUGGCAUCACUGGAGGCAAAGCUGAGAGAGAGAAAGGAUAAAGAGAAGGUUACAGUGUGUGUGAGUGAUGGGACAGAAGCUCAGGAUUCAGUCUGGAAGAUCAGAGAUCAAAGAUCCAGAGACUCAGAGCUCAGCCUCACGUUACUCUGUUAUAGUGAUGCUCAGGAUCACGGAUCUGCUGAUGAAACCUCUGACUGUAAUGAUGGAGAACAGCAGAUGCCGCUGAAGAUGUGCUCUGUCAAACUAGUGGAUUGCAGGAACCUGAUAGAGAGCAGAGGUGAAAAAAACACAGCAGAGGAACAACAACAGAGCCAUGAGGAUGAGGGCGAUGAAGAUGAUGGCAAUGAAGAUGAAGAUGAUGGCAAUGAUAAUGACUUUGUUUCUUCAGAUGCCAACGUUGGUUCGUCUUCUGAUGGAGAAACUGCCUCUACCUCUACAUCCAAAGAGCAACAGACAGUGACCAGCAGUGAAAAAACAUUCAGCAAACAAGGACAUUUAACCAGACAUAAGAGAAAACACACAGAACAGAAAGACUUGAUCUGCACGAUAUGUGACAUUAGCUUUCAUACCUUAGAAGCAAGGAGACUUCAUUCAAAAGAGCACAAAGUGAAGAAGGAGUUUCGCUGCAAACAGUGCGGGAAGGAUUUUUUCACUACUCCUUAUGCUAUGAGAGCUCAUAUAAAUAGACACAGUGAAAAGUCUUUACAAUGCGACAAGUGUAACAAGUAUUUCCGCACUAAAUGGCAUCUUUCGAGGCAUAAGAGAACCCACACGGGGGAAAAGCCGUACAAGUGCCCUCACUGUGAGAAGAGCUUCAACCAGAGAUACUAUCUGAAGAGCCAUCUACUCAUGCACACCAAUGACAGGUCGUACCAGUGCCCUCAGUGUGAGAAGAGAUUAACUCUUGAAUCAUCUCUGAAGAGACAUUUACUUAUACACACCAAUGAGAGGCCACACCAGUGCCCUCAAUGUGAGAAGAGAUAUAAUCUUAGAUCAUGUCUGAAGAAACAUUUACUUAUACACACCAAUGAGAGGCCACACCAUUGCCCUCAAUGUGAGAAGAGAUAUAAUCUUAAAUCAACUCUGAAGAAACAUCUACUCAUGCACACCAAGGACUCAAGGAUGUUACACCGAAAAAUACACUCUGAAGACAAACGUUAUCAGUGUUCGUACUGUGAGAAACGCUUCUAUAACCCGACUCACCUGAAAACCCAUGAGAGGAUUCACACUGGAGAGAAACCGUAUCUGUGCUCCUACUGCGGGAAGAGCUUUGCUAGUCCGUUUUCUCUCAAAGUUCAUCUGAGAGUUCACACUGGAGAAAGACCGUAUCCCUGUAGUGAUUGUGGGAAGGGUUUUAAUAAUGCAAGUGACUUAAAAAUACACCAGAGGACUCAUACAGGAGAAAAACCUUAUAAAUGCUCAUAUUGUGACAAGACUUUUGCUCGAUCAAGUGCCAUGAGGGUCCACAAGAGAAUGCAUACAGGAGAGAAACCUUAUGGCUGCCCCAUCUGCGGCGAGAGAUUCUCUUUUACAUGGGGGCUUCAGACUCACCAGAAAAAACACGCUGCCCUAGAAUCAUCAUAGCUUCAUUGUGGCAUUAUUUUUAGGUGGUGUAAAAACACCCAGUGUUACGGGAACUUUAAAAACAAAAACUAGAAUGUGUCUAGAGUGGCCACACCUGAUUCUGAUGUUUUUGCCAAGAUACAGAUUAGAAUUGGGGGUAUUGGCAAUAUAUUGAAUUGAUAAAUUCCCCAACCCGAUGCUGGAUGAGACUGUAUCUUAUUGUAUUCUGGGGCACUAUUGACUUCUGUAGUAGAAAAAGAUAUUAUUAUAGAACUGCCCCAGAACUGUUUGGAUUCCCACAUGCUUCAAAAUAUCUUCUGUGUUCAACAGAACAAAGACAUUUAGAUUUAAAACAACUUGAGGGUGGAUAAAUUAUUUUUCAUUUCCCUUUAAUAUCAAUCAGAUAUUUGGAUAUUAUUUAACUGGCACUCUAUUAAUAAUCUAUUAGUUGUUUCACCUCCAUUUGAUUUCUGACAAGGGUGUUGAAAAUAAUAAGUCUGUUGCUCUGUGGUUGGUAGGAUGUUGUAGGUUGUUAAAGGAAUAGUUCACCUAAAAAUGAAAUUUAUGCCAUUAUUUUCACUCUCAUGCCAAAUGGAGUAAUAAAAGUCAAAAUCCUGUC